AGGCAAGGCGUUUAAUUAACGGUUGACUUUCGCGGUAAUAAUAAGCUCUGUUAAAUUAAAAUGCCUCCCAGAAAACGGGAACGAGAACCAGACCCACUAAAAACCCCUCGAAUUGAUCAUAUACAGGCUGAUCAUGAAUUAUUCUUACAGGCUUUUGAAAAGCCUACACAAAUAUACAGAUAUUUGAGGACAAGGAAUUUGUGUCUGCCCAUUUUCCUCAACAGAACUUUAACAUACAUGAAAGAUAGGAUGUCAAGAACUCACAAAGGAAGACGGGGUUUUAAAGUAGAUACUUUAUUGGACAAGGUGAUCGCUAAAAAAGACUCUAUGACAAUUCAGCCUGGUUACAUAAACCUAACAUUUCUAGGUUUUAACAAUAAAUCUUUGGAUUAUGAGGCUCAGUUAGCUCAAGUCGAAACAGUGCUAUUAAAAAUUAGUCACAAGAAACGUAAAGAUAGUUCUUCCCCUAGUAUGCAGGUGGUGUUGGGAACAGCUGAUGUGCCCAUUAAUCCAGAUGAUCAACAUCUACCUCUUACUUCACCAACAAUCAGUAUCCCUACUGAAUCAUUUAAUCCAUCCAGUGGACCUUUGGUAAAGUCAUUUAUUUUGUUGUUUAGAGUUAAAGUAGUGCCAGAUAAAGAGGUGGAGGAUGAACCGGCUUCAAAGAAAAGAAAAUCUAAUGGAAUCACAGAUAAUUCCAAACUGUAUGGCGCAGAACUUACUAUUUAUGAUAAGCAUAAUAGGUGUUACUUAAGCGAUGGAGAUUAUGACAUUGUUGUACAUGAUGUGUCUCCAAAUUCUAAAAAUUCUAUGAAGAAACAUUCCAGUUGGGAAAAUCUACAAGAUCUAGCAGAAGCAUGUGACAAUCUGGAAGCUUUUAUGAAUGGUGCAGUGCUUAAAUUUAAACUUAACUGGUCUCCUAAAGCAUAUGAUAAAUAUGUAGAUAGACCACAGGCUUAUCCCCUGAUUGAUAAUAAGGAAAACAUACCUCUUGCUGUAAAUGGCAGUACUGACGAAAAAUUGCAAAUUGUAUACCAAUUUGUUUAUAACAAUAAUUCCCGUCAGCAGACUGAAGCAUGUGAAGACUUACAUUGUCCUUGGUGCAGUUUAAACUGCAACCAAUUGUAUACUCUACUUAAACAUUUAAAACUUUGCCAUUCAAGAUUUACAUUCACUUACGUUCCAAUACCUGUAGGAGCUAGAAUCGAUGUAGCUAUAAACGAAAUGUAUGAUGGUUCCUAUACAGGCUCUCCACAUGACUUAAUAUCACAACCAACAGUUUGUGCUUUCUCGAGAAAUGGCCCAGUUCGUCGUGCUUCAGUAACACAUAUCUUAGUAUGUCAUCCAAAAAGGUUAAAACCAAGUCUCUCUGAAUUUUUAGAAUUGGAUGAUUGUGAAUUUGAUGGACAGCGGCCUUUCAUUACAGGACAUAAUAGAUUGUACCACCAUACAACUACCUGCCUACCUAUUUACCCUAAAGAAAUGGAUGUCGAUUCAGAAGGAGAAAACGAUCCUGAAUGGUUACAAAAUAAGACCAGAAUGAUGAUUGAUGAAUUCACAGAUGUGAAUGAAGGAGAAAAAGAACUGAUGAAGAUGUGGAACUUACAUGUAAUGAAAUAUGGAUUUGUAGGUGACUGUCAAAUCCCGUUAGCUUGCCAAAUGUUUGUUCAACAUAAAGGUAAAGAACUGCUUUUAAAAAAUUUGUAUCGCAAUUUCGUUGUACAUAUGACAAGCCUCUUUGAUUUUGGACUCGUAAGUGCGGUUUGUAUGUACACUACUCUUCAAAAACUGCAAGAACUUGUAGGUGAUACUGGUCCAAUACGUAAUAUUCUCAAGCAAUCCAGAGAAGCCCAAUUGGAUAAUUGGUCAAGAACUGGAAAUGUUGUUGAAAAAUCUAGCUCUUUGAAAACUCCGACUGCCGGAAGAAAGGCUGGCAAUGUAGGCGUUCAAAGAAGAAAGGGCGCACCUACUCCCCAAUGUGAUACUAUCACAAGAAGAAAAUCAGUUUGUGGAGAGACAUCACGAAAGAGACUAAAUCUGACUGUAAAUAAAGGUGACCAAAAAUCUAGUUAAUAAGAGUAAGUUUAUAUAGUUAGUUUGACAGACAAUAUAAAGUCUUUUACAUCUACCAAAAAUAUGCACAUUUUUAUUCAUCUAGAAAUUUAUAUAUUUUUUUGUUUUCUGUAAAUUUUACUGUUUUUGCUACUACUGAUGAAAUGUUCCGUUAUUAGUUUUACAAUAUUGAUAAGUUGAUAUUAUUAGGUUUGUCCAAACACGCAAUUUUCUUACGGUCGAGAAUGACGAUCGAUUACACAAAACUGUCUCUUGACAUUCUUUCAUUAAAAAUGUUUCCCUUGGAUCUCUCAGAAGAGAUUCUCUUCAGGUGUCCAACCUUAGCACGUCUUGUAUAACCUAAUUUUAGUUUCUCUGAACAGCGAUGCCGAUUUUAAUAGUUUUAUAUUAGCAAAGUACAUCAUGUUUCUCUCGAUUAUUCUUUUUGAGAUCUGGCUCAUUUUAUUGUAUGAAUCAAUUUGUGAUUCUUGAAUGUGAAACUCGAAUAAGAGUUUCAGUUCGAUAUACAAAGUCGCCGGAACACUCCAUUUAAUUAAGAGCAGUUCACUAGCAGUUUAACAUAUGUUUAUCAGUUCUCUUGAUUUAUCGAUCGUUUAUGGAUAAUUUAGUAUAUGAUUCUGAUAAUAAAAAUUUAAUUUUUCAUAAUUCUUCCAUCUUUAUCUGUACAUCUCUUAAAAUGAAUGUCACAGGAAUCCUAUUGCCGUUUUAUGCUGUUUCUCUAUAUGUCCUUAUUUUGUACUGCAGUGACAGAGUUUGUAUUUAAUCAUGUUUCAAUAGUAUCAGUCCAUCAAGUUAUUGGUUGCCCUCUACUUUUUUCUUUCAAUUUUCUUUGGUCCACUAGUCAUACUCAAAUGGAGGUCCAAACCUUAUUGAUGACUCUCAAAAUACUACAGAGUCCGCAAAUUUUUUGUUAUUUGGUACUGUACCUUGUAGGGGAUCUGCCUCUGGCUCUUUUACCUUCCACAUCACAUUGUAUUGUGAGAUUCUUAAGACCAUUUUUUCGGAAGUUAUGCCCAAAAUAGCGAGUAUUUGCUCUUUUUUAUUAAACAAUUUCUUGUCUAGUUUGUACAGCAUCUACUCCAUAGGAACUACAUUAUCUAAAAUACAUCCACACAUACAUUAUCUAAAAUAAUUAUCUACAGUUCUAAUACCACACAAAAAUUUGGUACACAAAACUGCAUUACCUACCUUACUUUUCAUUAUAAUUUAACUACCUUCAAAGUUUUAUGUUGAUGAUGGCUAGGUAGUGUUCGAUCAUAAUUGGUCAUUGACUAAACGAAAAAUAUGCAGAGCUGAAGACAACAAGAAAUGGCUUUAGAGGAUAUUCUGUAGAAUGACAGAAGUAUAUAGCGACUGAAAACAGAAGUCCUAACAUAGAACACGAAUAGAGGCACUCUGAUACAAACGUGAUAACAAAGUUUGAUCUAAUGGUAAAAUACCUAAAUAAACUAGGAGACCACGUACCCUGGGUACCGGGACACAAAGGUCAUAAGGGCAGUAAAAAAAUAAAUGGUCAAACAAGGCUCAUCACUGCUAUUCGUUGAACUGGAACCCUCCUGCGCAGUUACAAAGGCAAUAACACGGACGGCUACAAGAAAGUGGAUAGCUCACCAAUCUUUGGAAUGGUCGAGAAAUUCGUCAGGAUAAAGACUGACGAAACAAUUCAUUCUAGAACAUUCGCCAAAAUUGACGAUAGACCUAAUAAAAAGCCAGGAAAACAGUCAAAGCUAUGGUAGGUCCGCUAACAGGUCACUGUAAGCUGAAUAUGAUGACAUGCAGAUUCUGUCACCUAGAAGGUACGGUUCUUUGCAUUCGGCGAAGAAAAGCCACCAGCAAAGAGCUACAUGGAAGGUUGUCCGAAGUUAUUAGACCUUUUAAAAAGGGUCAGGCUAGAGGACAAUAGAUUUUAAAAUAUCAAUUUAAUGGUAAAUUGUACGUGUAAGAGAUGAGGUUAGCCGUAGCAGAUUUAAUAAAUUAUUUAGGAAGUUUUUUUAUUUAUUUAUAAACGAUAUUAAAAAAUAGAAUAGCUCGCCUAAAGCUUCAUCUAACAAAAACCACCAAAAGUUGAUAUCUUCUAAGUCGAGCGACACGUCUUGGUUAAUUAGCAGCCUUAUAUGAACUUCUAUAUUCGUUGGUGUUACGUGGAUUAGGUUUUGUCUUAUGCCAUGCGUGUCAUACGUAUGCCAUGAAUGUUUCAAAAUUUUGUAGUAAAAACAGUAGUUUUUAAGUAGUUACAAAUGAAUAUUUAGAUCAAUUAAACCUAACUUCCUGAGUGCUCAAUUUUUGGAAGAUGUGUUGUAUAGUAUUCGGCUACAGAGUAUCUAAAAAUGGUUUUCCAUUUUAUGUUUACUACUGACAUUUACUGCCUAUAUAACACUGCCAAAGUAGAUAAAUCAAACAUGUAUUUAUUUAUAUCAUCUCAUCACGUAUCGUGUUUGGAACGAAACUUAUGUCAUGUCUCUAUCUACUUUAUUUAUUACAGCUACAUACAACGUGGUCAAUUUAUAUAAUAUAGUGUAAAAGGGUUAAAUGCUUUCACUUCCUUGGGCCUAUGGCCAUACUUCCCAGUUUUUUAUCCCCAUUUUGUAGAUCUCACUACAAGUUUUUUUCUUGGUUAUCUUAUUCUCUUUUCCCUGCACCUUCCAACAAGCAGUGCUUGGCCCAUCUGCUACAUGAACCAGCUCAAUCAUAGAGAUCCAAAGAUCUGGAAAUUUUAUUUCCUUAAAUAUCUCAAAUUUUUGCAUUUAUUGGUCUUCUAUCCUCACUUCUCAAGGUUUUUGUUAAUAAAGUACAGCACCACAGAAGGCCCUUCAGGUGCCCCAUUUCGCAGCGCCUCUAAGGUCAAAAAACAAGUAAAGUCUCCCCAAUAUUUGUGAUUAAGGAGGGGUGGCAGUAGUUUGGAGUCAAGAGAGAUACCGUGUGCACGGGGCAAGACCUCUUUGAUCUUCAGACAUGAGAACUCCUUACUCCAGAAAUCUCAUGUUUCCUAGAGCUGAAAUUUACUUUGUUGUGUGUGUGUUCUAGAUACUCAACGGGUUGUUUGUUCAUAAGCGAGAUUUCGCUAUCAUAAAAGACCUAGGUUGGAUCUCUGUUUGAUACAUUUUUUUUAUAGAAUUGUGCCACCCUAGAAAAAUUUCCAGAUAAUAGUUUGAGCACAGUACUGUUAUCCUUACUAUCGCAAUGAUCUUCAUAAUUUCAUCACUUUUAUCGGUUAGUGUAACUCAGCGUGCUGUAACUUUUGUACUUUUUCGAGCAAUACGUAUUAACCUUAACUUUGUGACAGUUUUUAGUUGUGUUCCCUUUUGGAUUUUGUCCCACUUUUAAUAGUACUUUGCUUUCUCCUCAUUAAUCGUAUUGACUUGCUUCCCGGAUAGUUUGAAUAUACUCAAUAAUUACUUCUUCGUUGUCGUUAUUAAUACUAUAUCGUCAACAAAGGCGAGCUUACUACCACAGCCUUUUAUUCCUAUAGUACACGUAUGUACAUAAAUCUUUUUAUGUAGAUAAAAGACGUUAACAUUAAAGUCUCCUAGAAGUGUUUCGAGGUUUUAUCUCUCAAGAAAACUUGUGGUAACUCGAAUUGAAACGAAAUGCUGUUUAUCUGUUUGACCGUUAUAGUAACAUAACCUGCCUGUGUACGCUAGCACUGACCUUUAUAUGAAGCGUGAUUUCUGUUAUCUUGAGGUCGAAUUCCGGUAUAUCACGUUGUCUUUAGUGAUCAAUUAAAAAAUUAAUCAUGCUACCUUCUACCCUUAUUAAAUUGUCGGUAUUUCUGGUGCUAUUCUGACUAAUCUAAUCAUCGUUUCUCCAAGUGCUGAAGAAUUGCUCCGUAAUUCCAAGUGCUUUUAUGGCUUGGUAAAGAUGUCUUCUUAUCAUCCAAUCGUAAGUUGGACUUUUAUGAGUUGAUCACGUGUAUGAUACGGUUCGAUUUAAAUAAGGCUCAUUAAAUGACAUGUUACGAAAAAUUAAAUAUUUUUGUAAAAAGAUAAAAGUCAUCCAAUAUCAUGUAAAUAUUUUUGUAGAAAUGCUUCUAAGUAAGCCUUUUACAUAACUUUUACUUCAGAAUAAACUAAGUGUUAAUUUA